AUGAACAGUAUCCUCCAACAACCCGCCUUAGAGAUAGAAAAUCCUAACUAUAAUGAUAUCGCAGUUUGUGUUGUGUGCGGUGGUAUAUGCACCCCGACGGUCCCAAGCGCGCUUUCAGGAGAUGUGCAAGGACGAGAUUGGAUGCACCCGUGGCUCGUCAAGGCAGAAACAGGCUAUUUAGAACGGCGUAGAGAUGCUAAAUACGCGCGUUCCUCUCGUUGUCAAGAGGCGGACCCGAUCAAACUUUUUGAAGUUUUGAAAUUCCGCGGCGGGGGGGGUGGUUUCAAUCUCAGAGGAGGAGAAUCGGUUAAGAUCGAUACCAGCGACGUGGAGAUGUACAUCCCUAUUCAUUACGCCUGCUUUGGCCUAGCUGAGAGGUUUUGUCAGUUUCGGACCAGCUGCGACUUCAACUUCAUCAAGUUCUCCCGGAGAAGCAACCAAUAUAGGGUCCCCUCUCGCAUCGGUCAUUUCUACGAAAUCUGGAUGCAGCGUGCUCGGAUGACCGAGCCAGGUAGCAAAGGGGUCCUCCACUCCCCCAUUAGGGAGCGGAAGAGCUACCUUGGUGUCAUGUUCGCAACUCGUCUGGAAGUGUAUAACGCUUACAUCGACCAUGGAAGGCUAGGGACGCCCGUUCAAGAAGCUGAUCCCUCAGCCAACAAAAUGAGAACGACACUAAUCAUCCUAAGUCGCUUGGUACGCCUCGACAAGCGUUCUGGCAUGCCGAGCCCAGAAUAUCGAACUUUACGGCAUGUGAUGGAAAGCCAUCUGCCCGGAGAGAUUAAAGAGAUGAUCUUCGACAAAUUAGAGCCAUUCCACAACCUCAGCCAUAGACAACUCGCCUGCACGCGCGUGUUGUUGCCCGAGUGGUGGAUGGACGAGCUAUUAAGCGGCAGACUAAUCCCGUGGCUGUUCGAUAUCGACAAGAGUUAUCUGUUCAUAGUAGACCUGAGGUUCAGAACUGAAAGACCCGGCGAGCACUUCGAUAUUAAUAAUGACUUGGACUGGGAGCUGCUUUGCCGCCAGCUGGGCCAGAGACGCUUGUUCGAGCCGGGAGACAUCCUGUUCGGGGUGAAAGAGCUCGAGAACCGCUGGCAUAUCUGGUGUCUUCUCGACAAUGCGCUCCUUGAAUCCGGGUUUCCAGUAGGACGUCUUUUCUAA